CACGCCGAACCUUCUUCUUCUUUGGCCCAAAAACAACUUGUUGAGCAUCGCCCCCUGUUUGUUGGUCCACGCACACGCACUUAUCGGCCUUAACACGUCACCAGGCUAAGGGAAUCCCUAACAACACCUGCAGAAGAUCGAGAUGCGCCAGCUGAAGGGAAAGGUCAAGGAGACGCGGAAGCAGAAGAAGGAGCGCAAGCUGGACAACCUCGAGAGCCAGGCCAAAAUCCGGACCGUGGUUCUGCCGGCGAUGGGCGUUCUGGCGGUCUUUCUGGUACUUUUCGUCUACCUGAAAACCCGGCCGACGGUCUUGGCCUGAUCGAAGGGAGUCCGACCUCCAGUGGAAAGUGCAAUUGAUUCGUUAACACACAUAGCUUUAGAAGUACCAUAAACCGCAAUUCGUCCAUAUAAGCUGUUUUAUUUCAGUUACAGUCAAACUUCCCUAACACAAACCGAGCGCGACCAAAAAAGGUGCGGUGGGGAAAAUGUAUUCCUAGUUUAUUACUCUCUUUUAAAUUCCCUCGAUACAUAUAUUAACGCAACUGUUUUGCUAUAAAUAUAAGUCA